AUGUUUGUGGGGAGCCCUGGAAGUAACGGCAGCGGCCACUCCAUCCGCCUGGGGACCAACGAGGAUACGUCGCAGCACAUGCCUGUGCUCUUCCCCACCUAUGCCCAGCAGCAGCAGCAGCAGCAGCAGCAGCAGCAACAGUCGCAGCCGCAAGAGCGUGUAGUACCUGACGCGCGACGGGGAGCGCCGCAACCGGCGGCGCCGAUGCGGCCGGCGGCGCAGGUGAAGAUGAGGCUGGGCACCAACGAGGACUUAUCGCAGUACAUGCCGCCCAUCCACCGCGCCUCCGCCGGUCCCGCUGCGCCUCAAGCCAGCCCUUUCGGCGCGGCGGACGUGGCGUCCAUGCUGGGGGCGCGCGUCGACGCCAUGACGGUGUCGCCGGGGGGGCCGCCCAGGCGGACCAGCUUCGAGGCCAGCCCCAAUGCGAGCCGCGACGCGUUGGCGGCGGUGGAGCGCUCGCAGUCGCACGACAGUCGCGGAAUCGCGGCCGGCCCGCGCGGCAGCGCGCCAAUGGCGGGUGGCAGCCCGCGGAAGGACGGGUUGGCGCCUGGGAUGGCGGGUUCCCCAUCGUACGGCGCGCGGCCCUUCCCCGAAAGAGGCGUCGGGGUGCGCUUGCCCACCCUCCACCGCCUCCAUCCCCUCUCCCCCUUAAUCGCUCCGUUUCUUACGCUGGCUUGCUCCCCCCCCCCCCUUGUCUCCUCUUCUUCUCUCUUCAGUGUGCUCUUCUCUCGUCGUCCCUCCCCCGACCCUUCCUUCUCGAGCAGUUCCCUGCGUGCUCUGCGCGCUGCCGUCGCAUCCCCCAAUGCUGCCCCCUCUCCACCCGCUCCCGCCCUCUCCUUCCACCUCCAGUUUCCAUCCGCCGCCGGCUCUCAGGGCAUGCGCGCCGCGCCGUACGCGGCGCGUUCCGCUCAGACCAGCAGCCCGCCAGGCGCACACGUGGCCGCGGCGAGGGGGUCGGGCGGGGGAAUGGGGUCGGGCGGGGGGACGGGGUGGGGCGCGGGGAGGCAGCAGCAGGCGCCGAUGCCGCUACCGGGGCGGCAGGCGUCGGGGGGGGCGGGGGGCGCGUCGUGGGACAACAUGGGCGUCAACAUGAGCAUGGGGUCGAACGCGGGCCUCAGUUCCUCGUGGAGCGACUUCGACACGCGCUCCAUCGGCAGCGCGGGGGGCAGCAGCGCGCGCCUCACGGAGGGCGGGGGGGGCGCGGAGUGCCGGCAGUUCACGUUGGCGCAGCUGGCGGCCGCCACUGACAACUUCAGCGACGCCAACCUGCUGGGCCGCGGCGCCUUCGGCAUGGUCAGCCCGCACUGCCCCUCAACGCCGCCUCCCCCCCCGCAUUGCCGCCUCCCCCCCCGCAUUGCCCCUCAACGCCGCCCCCCCCCCCCGCAAUGCCACCUCCCCCCCCCGCAUUGCCGCCUCCCCCCCCCCCCGCAUUGCCACCUUCCCCCCCGCAUUGCCCCUCAACGCCGCCUCCCCUCCCCCUUCCAACCUUUUCUCCUAUCAUCCCGUUUCGUCCCUACCCCCUUCUUCCCCCUUCCUCCUCUCCUUCCCCCUGCCCUGCCCGCCCUUCCCCGCCGGCCUCUCUUGGCUCCCCCUCCCCCUGCCAAGCUUGGCUCCCCCUCCCCCUGCCAAGCUUGGCUCCCCCUCCCCCUGCCAAGCUUGGCUCCCCCUCCCCCUGCCAAGCUUGGCUCCCCCUCCCCCUGCCAAGCUUGGCUCCCCCUCCCCCUGCCAAGCUUGGCUCCCCCUCCCCCUGCCAAGCUUGGCUCCCCCUCCCCCUGCCAAGCUUGGCUCCCCCUCCCCCUGCCAAGCUUGGCUCCCCCUCCCCCUACCAAGCUUGGCUCCCCCUCCCCCUGCCAAGCUUGGCUCCCCCUCCCCCUGCCAAGCUUGGCUCCCCCUCCCCCUACCAAGCUUGGCUCCCCCUCCCCCUGCCAAGCUUGGCUCCCCUCCCCCUGCCAAGCUUGGCUCCCCCUCCCCCUGCCAAGCUUGGCUCCCCCUCCCCCUGCCAAGCUUGGCUCCCCCCUCCCCCUGCCAAGCUUGGCUCCCCCUCCCCCUGCCAAGCUUGGCUCCCCCUCCCCCUGCCAAGCUUGGCUCCCCCUCCCCCUGCCAAGCUUGGCUCCCCCUCCCCCUGCCAAGCUUGGCUCCCCCUCCCCCUGCCAAGCUUGGCUCCCCCUCCCCCUGCCAAGCUUGGCUCCCCCUCCCCCUGCCAAGCUUGGCUCCCCCUCCCCCUACCAAGCUUGGCUCCCCCUCCCCCUGCCAAGCUUGGCUCCCCCUCCCCCUGCCAAGCUUGGCUCCCCCUCCCCCUGCCAAGCUUGGCUCCCCCUCCCCCUGCCAAGCUUGGCUCCCCCUCCCCCUGCCAAGCUUGGCUCCCCCUCCCCCUGCCAAGCUUGGCUCCCCCUCCCCCUGCCAAGCUUGGCUCCCCCUCCCCCUGCCAAGCUUGGCUCCCCCUCCCCCUGCCAAGCUUGGCUCCCCCUCCCCCUGCCAAGCUUGGCUCCCCCUCCCCCUACCAAGCUUGGCUCCCCCUCCCCCUGCCAAGCUUGGCUCCCCCUCCCCCUGCCAAGCUUGGCUCCCCCUCCCCCUGCCAAGCUUGGCUCCCCCUCCCCCUGCCAAGCUUGGCUCCCCCUCCCCCUGCCAAGCUUGGCUCCCCCUCCCCCUGCCAAGCUUGGCUCCCCCUCCCCCUGCCAAGCUUGGCUCCCCCUCCCCCUGCCAAGCUUGGCUCCCCCUCCCCCUGCCGAGCUUGGCUCCCCCUCCCCCUGCCAAGCUUGGCUCCCCCUCCCCCUGCCAAGCUUGGCUCCCCCUCCCCCUACCAAGCUUGGCUCCCCCUCCCCCUGCCAAGCUUGGCUCCCCCUCCCCCUGCCAAGCUUGGCUCCCCCUCCCCCUGCCAAGCUUGGCUCCCCCUCCCCCUGCCAAGCUUGGCUCCCCCUCCCCCUGCCAAGCUUGGCUCCCCCUCCCCCUGCCAAGCUUGGCUCCCCCUCCCCCUGCCAAGCUUGGCUCCCCCUCCCCCUGCCAAGCUUGGCUCCCCCUCCCCCUGCCAAGCUUGGCUCCCCCUCCCCCUGCCAAGCUUGGCUCCCCCUCCCCCUGCCAAGCUUGGCUCCCCCUCCCCCUACCAAGCUUGGCUCCCCCUCCCCCUGCCAAGCUUGGCUCCCCCUCCCCCUGCCAAGCUUGGCUCCCCCUCCCCCUGCCAAGCUUGGCUCCCCCUCCCCCUGCCAAGCUUGGCUCCCCCUCCCCCUACCAAGCUUGGCUCCCCCUCCCCCUGCCAAGCUUGGCUCCCCCUCCCCCUGCCAAGCUUGGCUCCCCCUCCCCCUGCCAAGCUUGGCUCCCCCUCCCCCUGCCAAGCCUAACCCGACCCCGUCCACUCCCCCUCCUAAUACCAGCACGGACAGUCCUGUUCAGUCGGCGCGAGUUUACCUUCCCGAUGUCGACCACGAGGUGUUCAAGCAUUUCCGCCGCAUAAAGGUGGACGAGGGGAAAUCGCAGCAAUACGAAUGCAGGUACUGCUGCAAUGUCUUUUCUGGCGCCGCCACCCGCUGCGCGCAGCACUUGGCGAGUUGGAGGAAGAUGAGGCGCCGCGAAGUGGCGCUAUGCAAGGAAGCCCCCUCUGAAGUACGGGCUGCCAUCCGGAAGAAGUAUGAGGCUAAGGCUGCAGCGGCGGAUCAGCGCCGCCAGGCGACAUCGGAUGCCAUUGCGUCGGUCACCAGCGGCGGAAAGAGGAGCCGCAUUACUGACUACUUGGAGACGGAUGCGGCAGCUGCGAAGCGCGAUGCACACGAGGCGUUGGCGCUGAUGUUCGCGGCGUGUCGAAUCCCGGAGCGCGUGGCGGCGCACCCUCUCUUCAUCAACGCCGUUUGUGCCAUUAGUGACUCCGGCACAGGAUACGUCCCCCCGACGAGGACGUUCAUCGGCGGGGCGGGCUUGCGACUCUGUUGCGAGAACAUUGACAGAGGGCUUUCUGGAGUGAAGGCGAGCUGGAAGCGGACCGGCGUGACAAUUUCUUCUGAUAUGAUGACUGAUAAGAACGGUCGCCCCCAGGCGAACGUGUUUCUCGUCAACGAGAGCGGUGCGGUGUUCAAGGACAGCGUGAACUGUCGCAUGGAGACCAAAACUGGCGGUUAUGUCGCCAGCAUCCUCAGGCCCGUGGUGGAGGAGGUCGGUCCCGAUAACGUGGUGGCGUUCUGCACGGACGGUGGGUCCAACUACGCGAUGGCGUGCAACGAGCUGAUCGCGGAAUGGCCGCACAUUCAACACGUGCCAUGCGCCACCCACGUGUUGGACCUCUUCAUGGAGGACGUCGGCAAGAUGACGUGGGCCAAGAAGGUGGUGGACACUGCGGGCGAGAUCAGCUCCUUCGUCCGCAACCACCACUGGACAAGGGGAUACUUGAGGACCCUCGGACUGGUGGGUGCAAAGAUGCUGCAGGCGCUGAAACCGGCUGGAACCAGUUUCGGGACACAGUACAUUGUUGUGUCCCGUCUCUGUGAGCUGCGGCAGUCGCUUGCACAGGUGGUGGUGUCUGAUGUGUGGAAGGGUUGGGCAGUUGGGGAUAGGAAGAAGUCUGCGGAUAAGUUUGCGUCACAAGUUCUUGAUGACGCGUGGUGGCGAACGGCGGAGUUUUUCUCCAAGCUGAUGAAGCUCUCGUUCAUGGCAAUGCGCAAGACCGAUGGGGAUGCCAAGGGGAUGAUGGGCCGGAUGUAUGAUGUGAUGCUGCAGUUGACCAAGGAUGUGGGGACAGUGGUGGAGGAGGAUGAGGAGCAGCUGAGCUACUCCGACAAAGUGAACAUCCGCCGCCUGCUGAAGAACAGGUGGGACGACAGCCUGGCCUGCCCCAUGCACGUUGCGGGCAGAAUUCUCAACCCGAAGAACCAGGAUGAAGACAUCUUCGGCUCAGACGCGGAGUGCACUAGGGUAUUCAAAACGUACAUCACUCAGCACGCCGAGCACCUGUGCAAUUACGGGAAGGAGGGGGAUGAUGGGGAUGACAUUGGCGAGGUUUUGAUGGAACUGCACGACGGGGUGAGGGCAUUUCUGGAUAUGAAGGGAAGCUUCGCGAUGGGGGAUGCAAUUGCUCAGAGGAACUUGGUCAAGCAAGGCAAGUAUGACAUGGUAAAGUGGUGGCAGUGGCACAGCAUUGACGCAUCAAAGCUGGCAACCCUAGCCAUCAGGACUCUCUCUCAGCCCGUGUCGGCUUCACCAUGUGAGAGGGGAUGGUCAACGUGGGAUGGGGUGCACACGGCCCGCCGGAACCGGCUUGGCUCUGCCAAGUGCCGGGAUUUGGUUUUUGUUGCGCACAACUGGAGCAUUGUGCGCAACUGGCAUUCCCGUGCAGAUGUCAUGCCGGGUGUGGUGCUCGGGAACAUCCCGGAGCCUCCCGUGCCCGAGGGCUACAAUGUGAUGGAGGGGGACGAGGAGGAGGAGGAGGGGGAAGACGACAUUUUGGAGGAUGAGUAUGCCUUGGCUCCCCCUCCCCCUGCCAAGCUUGGCUCCCCCUCCCCCUGCCAAGCUUGGCUCCCCCUCCCCCUGCCAAGCUUGGCUCCCCCUCCCCCUGCCAAGCUUGGCUCCCCCUCCCCCUGCCAAGCUUGGCUCCCCCUCCCCCUGCCAAGCUUGGCUCCCCCUCCCCCUGCCAAGCUUGGCUCCCCCUCCCUCUGCCAAGCUUGGCUCCCCCUCCCCCUGCCAAGCUUGGUUCCCCCUCCCCCUGCCAAGCUUGGCUCCCCCUCCCCCUGCCAAGCUUGGCUCCCCCUCCCCCUGCCAAGCUUGGCUCCCCCUCCCUCUGACAAGCUUGGCUCCCCCUCCCCCUGCCAAGCUUGGCUCCCCCUCCCCCUGCCAAGCUUGGCUCCCCCUCCCCCUGCCAAGCUUGGCUCCCCCUCCCCCUGCCAAGCUUGGCUCCCCCUCCCCCUGCCAAGCUUGGCUCCCCCUCCCUCUGCCAAGCUUGGCUCCCCCUCCCUCUGCCAAGCUUGGCUCCCCCUCCCCCUGCCAAGCUUGGUUCCCCCUCCCCCUGCUAAGCUUGGCUCCCCCUCCCCCUACCAAGCUUGGCUCCCCCUCCCCCUGCCAAGCUUGGCUCCCCCUCCCCCUGCCAAGCUUGGCUCCCCCUCCCCCUGCCAAGCUUGGCUCCCCCUCCCCCUGCUAAGCUUGGCUCCCCCUCCCCCUGCCAAGCUUGGCUCCUCCUCCCCCUGCCAAGCUUGGCUCCCCCUCCCCCUGCCUAGCUUGGCUCCCCCUCCCCCUGCCAAGCUUGGCUCCCCCUCCCCCUGCCAAGCUUGGCUCCCCCUCCCCCUGCCAAGCUUGGCUCCCCCUCCCUCUGCCAAGCUUGGCUCCCCCUCCCCCUGCCAAGCUUGGUUCCCCCUCCCCCUGCUAAGCUUGGCUCCCCCUCCCCCUACCAAGCUUGGCUCCCCCUCCCCCUGCCAAGCUUGGCUCCCCCUCCCCCUGCCAAGCUUGGCUCCCCCUCCCCCUGCCAAGCUUGGCCCCCCCUCCCCCUGCCAAGCUUGGCCUCCCCUCCCCCUGCCAAGCUUGGCUCCCCCUCCCCCUGCCAAGCUUGGCUCCCUCGCCAAGGGACAGGGGUGGUUGGAUAAACCACAUUCAAUGCCACACCAAUCCUGCGUGCACAAGGGGCGGCUGCUGGGGUGCCAGGUGGCGGUGAAGCGGCUGGAGGGCGGGGGUUGGCAGGGGCCCAGCGAGUACCGCAUGGAGGUGGAGGUGCUCAGCCGCAUGCGCCACCCGCACAUCGUGCUGCUCAUGGGCCACUGCCCCGACGCCAUGUGCCUCGUCUACGAGUACCUCCCAGGUGGCUCGCUGCAGGACCACCUAAACCCCGCUGCCCGGGGUGGUGGGCGGCGGCCUUUGUCUGUGGGGGAGCGGGUGAGGGUGGCGUCAGAGGUGGCGUCGGCGCUGCUGUUUCUGCACCACCACGACCCGCCCAUCGCUCACCGCGACCUCAAGCCCGACAACGUGCUGCUGGACGGCAACCGCGGCUCCAAGCUCGCCGACGUGGGCCUGGCGCGCCUCAUCGCGGAGGACGACAACGUGACGGCGCGCGUGCGCGGCACGGCGGGGUACAUUGACCCGGAGGAGGUGGUGACGUGUGAGAUCAGUGUGCUGUCGGACAUCUAUGCGCUGGGGCUCAUCAUGCUGCAGCUGCUCACGGGCGAGCCGCACGUCAAGGGCGUGCAGCGCCUGCUCGUCGACCUCGUGGGCAGCGGUGCCUACAACUCGGGCGCGGCAGGGCUGGCGCGCGCCGUGGACAUUGUGUUGGCGCGCCUGGACACGUCAGCGGGCGAGUGGGAGCGCGAGGUGGCGGUGGAGUUUGCGAGGCUGGCGCUGCGCUGUGCGGACCGGCAGCGGGCGCGGCGGCCAGAUCUGGACCGGGAGUUGCAGCCGGCGCUGGUGGCCCUGGCGGAGCGCUGCAAGGAGGCAGCGGAGCGCCGCCGCGGCCACAUGGACUCGCAGCUGCUCUGCCCUCUCAGUCAGGAGCGCAUGAGUGACCCGGUGGUGGCGGCAGACGGCUUCACAUACGAGCGCAGCAGCAUAGAGGAGUGGCUCAAGACACGCGACACGUCGCCCGUCAACGGCCAGCCGCUGCCACACAAGUUCCUCACGCCCAACAACACUCUGCGCAUGCUGCUCAACUCCCAGGGCUAG